AUGGCGGAUAUGGUCGAUCCCAAUGCCCCGCCCCCCCAGAGGGAUGGCUACGACUCCGAUGGAGAUUAUGACAUGGGCUACAACGAUGAGGAUUUUGACGCAUUCUUCCAAGGCCUCGAAGAGUUCAACGGCGGUGCCAGCAAUCAACCACCUAGUCCUGGCAACGAUAUCCAGCGAUGCGCGAACCUGGCGCGUCAGAUUCUGUCCAGGCCGCCGCCGCCGGCCGAGCCUGCGCCGUACUAUGAACCACAUGAGUCCGCAUUCGACAUGGAGGAGGCACCUCGGGCACCGCCGGCACCCCCAGCAGCACCCGUCUACAAACCAGGAGUUCCGCCAAUCCCUCCUCGGCCUUCCCCCACCUUUCGCCUUCCUUCCAUCGACACCGUUUACGAUGAUCUACUGGCACCGAACCCUCCUCCGCCGGAGCAAGUCUACCUGCCGCCACAAGGCCCGCCGCCUUUUGGUCGCACUCCGCCGCCACCACCACCGGUAGCACCCCCCGUGCCACAUCACGAAGACGAUGUGCUCGAGGUGAUCGACCCCAACGGAAACAUCAUUAUCGGGUCCGGCGGCCCGCAACGGCAGAGAUUCCUCGCCAGUACGGCCGCCCUUCUCCGCUCCUCUCCUGUCCUCGCCGCAAUUAUCAUGCCCGAGCGGCAUAAUCAGGCUAAUCAACAACCUCCCCCACUUCCUCCGAUGCCAAAUCCUCUACGCUCACCUGCCGCCUUCCUAAUACCGCCCGAGGAGGAUAGAUCUUCCCUGCCGACCCUCUUUAUCCCGGACGUUGAGGACAGGGUGUGCAAAACCUUCCUUCUCAUCAUUCAUGGCUUUCUCAAUAGAGUUGAGAAGAGUUUCAAGAGUGUCCAGCUCCUUUACGACCUCUUGAUGUUUACCCACCGCUACGAGAUGACUCUGAGCCUCCAGUCUGUGGCAGUCCCGUGGCUAAAAAGGAUCUACCACGAAAAUCCUCUGCGUCAUGACGAAGUGGCGAAGCAGCUGUGGAUUGUAUACGAACUGGGACACUUGAAGAUGAUGAGGCAUACUAUUCGCUGUAUGGUCAAGACGGCGAGGAUCAAUAAGGACGGCCAGCUGCUCGGUUACGGAGCCCAGGAAGGGAAGGAUGAGUAUACGCAGUGGGCUCCGUUGGUGCACUUGGGUUUGCUGAGAGACAUCACAAUCUGCCGACAGCGCGUCAUGAGCCGGCUCCUCUUUGAAGUUGAGCAAGUGAUCGAGCGUCUCACCUCCUCCCCUCCAGUCCUCCCUCCCCACGACUCCAGUGACGAUGACGAAGUCCAGAACGCCAGAGCUAGAAGUCACGAUUCUAAAAAUCCCAGACAACCCAUCGAGAUCCCGCCAGACGACGCCCCUCGACAAGACGCCCCUCGACAAAUGUGCGUCUCCCGCAGGCCGCCCGGGAGAGUCACUCACGCGGUCAAUUGCGACGCCAGCAUGCUCGGAGCUCUACAACGUACACUGCGCCAGGAAGGAUGGGCUACCAUGGACUUGACUUGCAGUCCGAGUCAUCUAUACAGGCGGAUCAAAAAGAUUGGGAAGACCUCGACAGAACAGGUUGUCAUCACGCAUACGCUCAAGGGCCAUAGGGCGUGCGAUCCGUUUGGGGAUGACAAGUGGAUCAGGUUGGAUGACCUGAUCAUGGAGGAGGUGAAGAUGAUUCCCUUCGACGUCGAGGAGCUCAAAAAGCGUGGAGGAAUGAUGGGGUUCUCGAUUCAAGAUUGGAAGUGAGAGCGAAUUUGGGAGUUGGAAUUACACCAAGCUUCGCGCUAUAUUUGCCAGGUCUUGAGGACGCCUCAGAACCGGACAACAUAGGUUCUGUAAAUGCUUGUUUGGAACGAUGCGUUUAGUCUUGGAGGAUUGGGAUGGCAUGGAAACGGAGCGCUGUGUUUCGGAGAGUGGGCUGAUGGGAAUCGGUUGGAUUAUCAUGGUUCCCGAUGUACACCGCCAUGAUCUCAAGCAGACGAGGAAGUUGGGAAGUUACUUCGGGGUAAGAGUCCUCAUUGUCAC